AUGAGGCAGAGCCCGGUGCCUUUCGGUGCCCUGCUGUUUGCAGCGCUGGGAGUGUUGGCGGGAGGCGCUCAGGGUGCCAAGUGCAAUAGGAGCCUGACGGGAUGUGCGGAAUGCACGAAGAACUCUAGCACCUGCUCGCUGUGCCGGGCCGGCUACCGACUACUGAGGGCGGGCACGUGUGUGCCGUGCACAGCCAACUGCCUGCUCUGUCCCACCGGGGCGGGAGUGUGCAGCAUGUGCGCUGACGGCUACUACAGAACGACAACGGGGAGAUGUGCUCUGUGCCAGAAGGGGUGCGCCGGGAAGUGCGCUGCCGAUGGCUCCUGCCCGGGCCGCUGCCGCCCGGGCUAUGGCAAGGUCGGCAGGAAUUGCAGACAGUGCACCAAACCUAACUGCGAGAACUGCGACGGCAGCAAGGGGAUUUGCCGGCGCUGCGAGGCGCUGGGGUAUGGGCUCGUCGGCGGUGCCUGCAGGCUGUGUGCUGUGGAAAACUGCGACCUCUGCGUUGACGGCAACCUGAAGGCCUGCCAGACAUGCGCUUUUGGUUUCUACCUGACCCCUGGAAGGAAGUGCGAGCGGGCAUGUUGCCGGGACCUGAGCUUACUUGCGGCUGGGCGUGUGUGCGUGCAGUGCUCUGCCGGGUGCAUGGAGGGGGAGUGCCGGCCUGAUGGCACCUGCAAGCAGUGCAAGAGCAAGUUCGGCCUUGUCAACGGAAGGUGCAAAGCGUGCGUGCUGCAAGACAACUUUCCCGACGAGCAGUCCUGCCUGCGGUGCGACGGCAACGAGUUGAAGUGCACCAAGUGCGAGCUACACCACGGCCUGAUGAGCCCAACGUACUGCCAGAAGUGCGACACAGACGUUAGCGAUGAUACAUGCGACCAGUGCGACGGCGACAUAUUCAAGUGCAGCCAGUGCGGCGCUACACAGUUCCUCAUGCCAAACAAGCUCUGCAAAGAUUGCUCGGCAGCUAUGGGCAACUGCGCCGCCUGCACCAACGCCACCACUUGCACCCAGUGCUGGGUGGGGCACACACUGGAACCCGAGCCCAGGCAGGGACGAGCAGACCUCUUUCCGCACCCGGAACACAAUAGUACUGACUUCAAAUUUCACCUGCAGAUUGCAUGUCUGAGCAAUAGAGCCGAAAGCUGGCAUGCUUGCAGGACCGUCUUGUUCGUGUCCUGCGCCCUCUGCUUGUGGGUCGUGGCGGUCAGGGAGCCCGAAAGCCUGUUCCUGAGUGUGAAGGUGGAGGCGAUUGUGCCGGCGGCAGGGUCGCUGCCGCCGCCACUGCCGCGCGCCACGCGCCGCCACUUUGUGGUGGCGACCCCCACGGCCGACCACCGCCACGGCCUUGUCAAGGGCAUGCGUGCCUGGCGAAGGGGCGUGCGGACGCUGGUGCUGACCAAUGCCAGCGGCGAGGUUCUGGAACACAGCUACUGGAGCCGGUGGAGUCGCAAGGGGCAGCAGGAGGCACGGGAGAAGGGCGAGGUGUUUGAGGGCCUGCGCAACUCGCAGCCGCCCAAGCCAAGCCAGCCGCGCUGCCUGCCCUGCACAUUCGACGACACAGGGCUAGAUCUGCAGCGGGCCCACGCCUUCAAGACCUGCAACUGCACGGCGCAGGCCAUGCACGCAGCAUUCAAGCGCCUGCUCACCGGCGCCAACCAGUGGCGCGACUUCCCGCGCACCCCGCCGAUCAACUCGAUCGACGGCGCCGGCGGCGCCGUGUUCAGUGCUGGCCUGCUGCGCCAGCUGGACGCCAAGCUGUACGCAUCAUGCGUAGCGGGCAAGGAGGGGCGAACCGGAGGGCCCACCACCUGCGGCGGGGGAGACUGCCUGCUGACGAUGUGCAUGUGGCACCAGGGCUUUGGUUACACCGAUCCCGGCUUCCAGCUGCGCCACCGCAGCAUCCAUCCUGACAUGUUCCUGUUCAACGGCGCACGCAGCGACUGGCACCAGGUGGCAAACUGGGCUGCUGACGCCAUGGUGGGCGCCUGCCCUCCCCUCACGCCCGCUCCUGCCACCAACUGCUCCCGCCUGUGGCUGGAUCACACGGUAUCGGUCCACACGGGCGGGGCCAACAUGACUGACUAUGGGGAGGGAGGGGCCAGGGUGGCCCGCUUCCUGCACCUCAUGGCGCUCUACGCCUCCUCCUUCACGCCGGCGCUGGAGGGGCUGGUGGGGCGGCUGCGCCUGGCGUGACCGCGACGAAGCGCUGGCCCCGCGGCGGAUCCCUGUUGCUGGAGAUGGGCUGCCCGCAGCACCAUAUGCAGGCUGGCUCACCCUUGUGUACUGCCGAUUUUGACGCAUCACCGCCGCAUCCCGCCCUCUGACGGCGCGUUGGCGCCACGACCCGACUGAUUUGCUAGCACUGCAUUGUAUUCCCUCUCGCGAGAGACGAUCUGUCCCCUCCUUCCCUUACCUGUUUUCAUUGCUGCUCGCCCUGCUGUCUAUGUGCUCCACGCCUAACUCCACAUGCCCUGACAUGCAUGCACUGGCAGUCACUUUAUUACAACGCUUGUAAUCGUUUCACUGCCAA